CAUUUGUUUGUUGUGUUGUUUUGCAUGAGUUAACCAUGAUUAAAUAUCUUGCCUUUUUUGCAGUUUUUCUUGUCCAGACUAUCUGUCAGUUUGAUUGGCAGAUACGGGAUGGAUUUGAUGAAAUUACUUCUCGUAUGAAGAAAGUCAAUGCAGAUAAUUGCAAGGUAGUUGACCGAAAUACCUUAUUUUUGCCGAAAGACUCCGUCACACAUAUACCAAAUAUUCGGCAAAUUGGUAUAGAUCCUGUUUUACCAAAUCGAACUAGUCUUUUGCAAAUACACAAUAUGGCCAUGUCGAGGGCAUUUUUUUACAGUUUUAUACUUCAAAGAGCAGAAGACGAAAAUGAACCAGGUUUCAUGUACUACUUUUUAUCAUCAAUUGCUGAUGUUGCAGCCAAUCGUUUCAUUAAUAGUAGUACCAUCUAUUUUUCACCAAAUAUGUCAUUUACACCAUCAUAUAAAGGCUUUUUUAAUAAAACCAUGCCACUGUUUGCACCUCGAGCAUUCAGGUCUGAUGAUUUUAAUGAUCCAUUUCACUUGGAACGUAUAUCUACCUUAAACACCAUUGAAGCCAUUGAUUUAGGAGCAGUUCCAAAUAAUUCCAUGAGCAUGAAUUAUACACAUCCUCAUUACAAAAUCAAUGAAUGGUAUUUUGCAUGGCUCCCUGAUUUUACUAAACGACAAGAUUCGAAAACAACUUAUUCAGUCCAGAUUACUCAUGCUAAUGGCACAAAUGAAACAUAUGUAUGGCAUGGACCACCAGCUGCUUCUGAUAAUCCUGGACCAGUGAAAUGGUUUCAACCUUAUUUCGAUUGUGAUCGAUCAAAUAAAUGGGUUUUUGGUGCUACAGUACCUAUCCCAGAUAUUUUCCCCCGACAUACUCAGUGGAGGCAUAUUGAGAUACCAACUUAUGUUGCCGUUGCUGUAAUGGAAACAGACUUUGAUAGAAUUGAUAUUAAUCAGUGCCCUACUGGAGAAGGCAAUCCUCCUCCUAACCGAUAUGCUGGGACUGCACGAUGUAAAAACCAAACAACUGAAUGUGAACCAAUACAUGGAUUUGGAUUUCGAAGGGGUGGAUAUCAGUGUCGUUGUUUACCAGGAUAUCGUUUACCAAAAGUGAUCCGGAAUCCAUUUCUCGGUGAAAUUAUAGAAAGAGCAGCCUAUGACUAUUAUCAUAAGGGCUUCAACUGUGAGAAAAUCAAUUAUAUGAUGGUUAUGACCCAAAAUGUUGAAAGAUUGUCCGAAUCUGAACGCUGGAAAUACAUCAGUCGUCAGUCUAUGUUUUUUGAUGUGGGUAACAUGAAUGGCAGUAGAAUUGAUCCUCUUGUUGUAGUAGAUUAUGUGAGAAGUGCGGUUACUAAAUUUAACUGUGAAGCAAUUGCUGCAAAACAUCCAGAUCGUUUAUUUUUGAGAGGAGAUGUUGCUUAUGGAAAAGAAAUUCAACUAGAAAAUGAAGCUCGAACCGCAUUACGCUUAGCUAAUUUCAUAUCAUCAUUCCUUCAAAUAGUGGAUCCCAAUGACUUAUUUGCUGAAUUCCGAGUGCCUGACAAACCACUGACUGAAGAUCAAGUCAUUGGUGAAGUAUUAUCUGCCGUAAUAGGAAAUGAAAAAAUACAAGGUUGUGGAGUAUAUUUUGAUAGAAAUCAGUUCAUUAACCGAACACUGUUUGCUCCAUAUGCUUAUCGUAAGGAAAAGAACACUCAAAACUUCUUUGUGGAAGACAUGGCUAGACAGAAUAGUAAAAAAACUUAUUUAAAAAGUGACUGGUUCAAAAGCUUGAAAGUUCAGUGGGCUGCUAAUACUGAUAAUCUUGAAACGUAUACAACAAAGAUUAAAAUUCGUUACAAUUCUUCUGGAUUGUAUCCUAUAAGGUAUGACCGAUAUCCUUUGCAAUACAAAGCUGCAGAGUUAAAACAUGGAUAUUGGACUGUUCCUUAUUUUGAUUGUGGUGGAUUUCAUAAUCAAUGGCUCAUUACCUAUGCUGCUCCAUUUUUUGGUUGGGAUAAAAUUAAAAGUCGUCUCGAGUUCAAGGGUGCAGUAGCUGUAAAUAUGAAACUGGAGGAAAUUGACAUAAAUCAAUGUGAUGAUGAAUAUUAUGUACAGAAUGCAUUUAAAGGUACUCAUAAAUGUGACAGAAGAUCAUCUAGGUGUGUUCCAAUACUAGGAAGAGGAUUUGAUACAGGAGGUUAUAAAUGUCAGUGCAAUCAAGGCUAUGAAUAUCCUUUUAAUGAUUAUAUUACAUAUUUUGAUGGACAAAUAACUGAAGCUGAAUUUGAAAAGCUGUUAAAAAAUUUUCCUAGCAGGUUUGACACUUUAAAAUGUCGUAUUGCUGGAGCAUCUGCUGUAAAAAGUCAUUUUCUCUACAUUGUUUUUAUUUUAUUACUUCACAGAUUCUUAUCUUAUGUAAAAUAUGAUUAAAACUGUGAUAGCUUUUAUUUUACAUUCCACUGUAUUAUAUACAGACUUUAUAUGUUUUUUUCUCAUGUAAGAAAAGUCUGUGAUUUAAAUUUCCUUUUAUAUUUCAAAUCAUGAAAAUCAAACAAUAUUGUGGAAUAUUUUUCCAAGCUGCAUAAAGUACUCUUGUAAAUAUUUAUUUCAUGUCCUUUCUUAAAUUUAAAUUAUUAUUCCGUCCAUUUUACAAGAUUUGAAGUAUAUAUAAUGUUAAAUAAAGCUUAGAUAAAAUUCUCCUGCAUAAUUUUUGCAUAUGCAGUGUUUUAUGUAAUCAAGGAAAGUAUAUUUUGUAUUGUUUAAUGCAAGAAUUGUUCACAUGAAUGUAUGUGUAAUACAUGAAACUUUUUGUAAAAAUACAAGAAUUACCCCCAUCAUAAUUCAUGCUUUUGAAUUGUUUGCAGAAAAGCAAACAUUAUUAAAGAAGUUAUUGGGAAAGAGCUGUUAACUUCAGAUACAUGUAUUAAUCAGGUCAUAAAAUGUGUGAUAAAAUUCUUUAGGUCAAGAUUUAUCAUAAGUUUUACCUUUUAUUGCAUUGCAUUAAAAUUAUGCUAUGCAUUUUGGCUAAGAAAUUGUUAAGUAUUAAAAUAUCACAAAAUAUCAUGGUUAUAUAAAUAUUAAUAAAAAAAAUUUUAAAAUUGCUUUCAAAACUAUAAAAAUGCACUGAAAAUUUGACAAAUAAUAUUUUCUGACUGUUGAGCAAAAAAAAAAUUUACUUUAAAUAAAUUUUAUGAAAACUACUAAAAGACUAUGUAAAAGUCACUUUUUCUUAUACAAAAUACAUAUGCUGUUUCUUAUCCUUUAAAACACACACACACACUUAAUAUAAAAUGGCUUAGCAAUAAUGCUAAACAUAAUAAUGCUUUGUGCACAACACAGUUUUACUCGUGUAAAUUGAGUUACUGGACUUUUAUCGCAAAUUUUCUAGAAAUAUUUCUCUACCAGCUUGAAUGUGUUUAAAAUAUGCUUUUAAAUAGCCAGUCUCAUAUCUGUAUAAAUGAUUACCCAUACCUGUAUGAAUUUGUGUACAGGAUUUAUGAAUUAAUGUGACUGUGUCAUCUAAGCCAUCCUGUUUCUUCAAAUUGCAUCAAAUAACUUUGUUUUUGAAGUUUUUGUGUCACUCAUUAGAAAAUUUUUUAUUGUAAUUUUAUCAUGCAAUUCACUUCAGUGCUAUCAUUAUCAGUUCUUUCUUUAGCUGUAUGUACUAUGCAUAGCUGUCAUUACCAAGAGACUCACGGUCUUCCAGUCUCCCGAUGAAUUAAUAAAUAUUCCAGUACUUAAUUUUUAGCCUUUACUAGGGAAAAUAUUAUCGAGAAGUUAACGAAUCUUAUUUAGUUAAUGAAAUUUGAAUUCUACAAAUUUCAUUUUCUUACCUGUAGUGGUUUUCAGCAUAAAUUACUAAAUUUUAUUUGAUCUCAAUUGACUUAAUCUACUGUAGGCAUUUGUAUAACUUUUUAUGAAGAUUCAAGUAGGGUUUAAUCGAUUAAUAUUUUUUUAUUUAAUUUCCUUUCACAUGAAUAUGGAACAUUGUUAAGUUUAUCAGCAUAAUACUAUGUACAUUAAUAAUUUAUUUUAUUUUUAUCGUAUUUAAAAUUACUUGAGUAAAAUCUUACUUUCUAGGCUCAGCAUUUUCUCAGUAUAACAAUGUAAGAAACUUACAAAAUGAAAUUAGCCAAAGAAUGCAAAAUUUAAAAUAUCCUAUUUAAUAUUAAUAUAUUUCACAUCAAUAUCAUGUUAUAAAAAGUUGAGUAACUUGAGUCAUUCAUCAUAGGGUAAAUUUUCAUCAAUUUGGAGUUCUGAAAUGUUGUUGCCAAAAGUGCCAUAAAUUCCCAGUUUUUCAUAUUUCAAAGCUGACAGCUAUGCAUUUGAUAGCAUUUAGAUUUUUUAUUUUCUUAAAUAGAACCCGGUGUGCUAAUCUGUCAUUAUUAUUGUUAAGACCAAAAAGUAUCUUAAUUAGAUGUUAAAAAUUGUAAUUAGUUUUUAUGUUUCAUUUUAUGUUGUCAUUUACAAAAAAAAAUGAGAGUGAUAUAUAUAUGUGUGUGUGUGUUUGUGUACAUUUAUAUAUACAUGCAGUUUAAUUAGAGCCAAAUCUUAGCAUAGGGGACAGUAGCAGCUGUCUAGGGUUUCAGCUAUGCUGUUCUCACGAGUGAUAACUAAAAAACAUAAAUUUCAGUUUGUGUUAUUAACGUAUUUAAUUUGUAUGGAGCACCUAAUGAUUGCCUAGGAUGUUAGAAAUAUUGGAGCUAGACUUGAUUUUAAUUAUUCUUACUUGAUGAUACUAAAUGUUGGUGAGAGCCCCCUUUAAGCUUAAGAUCCUUAAAAACAUUUGCACAUAUAAUAAGAAAAAAAACUUUAUAUGGUGAAAUGUUUAUUACUGUAAUUUUUGUGUGCUAAAAUAAAGGUGCUGUUUCAUAUGUGGAAUCCAGGCUGGCAUUUUAUGUCCUUAAGCCUAAAUUAACAUUCACUUUGGUAUAGGAAACAAUGUAUGGGUAUAUAUAAUUGAUAAUCAAAUUUAUAUAUAUAAUUAUUAAAAAGAUAUUAAUAAUUUUCAUAUUAAAUUGUGUAUACUUCUGUUUUGUUUUGUUUUUGUCUGUAUUUGUAUACCUCUGUAUUCAAGUUCAUUUUGAAUAGAAAGUAGAAUGCUUUUUCUUUUCUCUCCCAUGUAAGAGUUGCUAAUUGCAGAGUUAAUGCAAAACAACAUAAAUGCGUUUUAUCAUUUUAUUAGUUUGCAGACUGAAAUUUCACUUUCAUAUCAUUUUUCUCAUACUUAUAUUUUUAUAUUAUAUAUUAUAUUCCCACCUAGAUUUGUAGAGGCUUGUUUAUAUAUGUAUUUUUAUGUAAAAAAAUGUUUGUUUUUUAGCUGUACAUGGUAUUUGAUUAUAUAUUUAUAUGGAAUGCUCAACCGGUGGUGGUUAUUUUUUAUGCUGCGUGAAAAAAGAUUCUUGUCGGGUAUCUAAAACUUUUUUUUUUUUUUUUUUUUUUUUUUUUUUAAUGAAACUGUAGUCUUCUCUACACAUUGUUUUUCCUCAUUUGAUAUUCAUGUAACUCAUUUUAAUAUUAUGAACAGUUAACUUGAGUAGCUUCUGGUAUAGAUGUAAACUGGGAAGAAAAUUUUUUGGAUGAUAUAUAUCAAUAAAGUAUUUGAUAGAGAAAAUUCUUUAACCAUGUCUCUAAAAAUAAUUAAUGUAAAUAUUUUAUCGAUUUACCCAAAGAGUUGGUGCGUUCAUAUUAUUCAAUAAGUAGUCCUUUUAUUAUUUUGCUAUUCAUAUUUCAAUAAUUAUUCAGUUAUAUAAUACUUUUUUAAAAUUUAUGAACUCUUAUUAAAUGAAAAAAAAACUUAUAAUUUUCUAAAUUAAGGGCAGCUAUUUUCUUUUUGUUUUGAUUUAUCCUUUUAUUAUUGCAAAUAGUUAUCAACUAGUAUUAAUAACAGAAACAUUCUGGUACAGUUUUUUAAUACAUUUUCAAAGGAAAAAUAUGUUAUUUGCUUGUAAGUUAAGAAAUUUGUUUAAUUGAAAAAUGAUAAAAUUCAUUGAGUAUUGACAAAGUGCUUUAAUGUGAUAUUUUAGUGUUAAAUAUAGAUUUUUUAAUAUGGUGAUGUACUAUGUCUUUCACCAAAUUUUAAUAAUGAGAAUGCACCUCAGAUAGAACUGGCUUUUUAAAUAUUCAAGGUAAUUUGACGCUUUAUUUUCAUUCUGGAUUCAAACUGUCUUAAAUAUAAAUUAAUUAAUAUGAUGAUGUACUAUAUCUUUCAUACAAGGAGUUUCUCUCUUUCUGAAUUUAGCACAAGUGCAAGUGUUUUUUAAAAUAACUUAUUCUGUCUUUGUUUUAAAUGUUUGUUCUUAACUUUGUUUCUGUAUGUUUUUAUUAUCUUUUAAUUUGAAAAGAAAAUGCAUAUUCUCCUUGCAACUCAAAAUACAAAUUCAUGAAACAUGAAUUCAUACAUGAAUGAGUUUAUGUAUUUAUGUACAAAGAUACAGAUGUGAAAUGUGACAUGGCAUGGUUGGACAAGUGAUUCAAGGAUAAAGCAGACAAAAAAUAGGUUAAUCAUGUAGCAUAUGAUCUACCGCUUUUAUUUAUUUAUUUGGUACUCUUCUGUCAUGAGGACCAGAUUCAAAAACGUAUGUUUGCAUAUAUGUAUGUGUAUGCACAUACGUACAUGUUCAUCUAAUUAAUGUUGUUUUAUUUUGAGAUUUUUACUGAGUUUUUUCGUACAUUGAAUUUAUUACAUUUCUUACAAUGAAAGUUUAAUUUUAUAAAAUUAUAUAAAGAAAAGUAAUUCUGAAAAUGCUGCCUUUAUAGAUAUCAAGCUAUCUGUUAUGUUUAUAUUGUAGUUUUUAUUUAGAAAUCAAAUUUUAAAGUUGUUUGUCUUCUCUUUUUCUUAAUCGAAGUUUAAAAAAUAAUGGUAAUCUUAAAAUUUUUUUGCAGUUGUUAAUCCAUUUAUGCUAAUAACUGGACAAUUUUACUGGCCUUUUAUUGUAUAAAAAGUUAUUCCUUGCAUUUAUAUAUUUUUAGAAAAUGCUUUUUAAAUAAUAUAAAAUAUUUUUUGUAUUUUCCAUACAUUUUAAAAUAUAAGAUUAAAAAUAUGUUUGUGAUAUGAGGUUUUUUUUUUUUUUUUUUUUUUUUUUUUUUUUUUUUUUUAUAGUGAAGGUCAGGUGCAAGUGGAUUAAGUUAUUAUGUUUUUAAUUUUGUUGUACACUGAAAUCUAGUUGUAUCCGUCCAUUUUGUAUUGUUCUGUUUUUAGUUGUUUAAUAAACUUAUUUUUGGAAAUGAA